GGCUUAUUUAGAUCAAGCCACGCUCGGUAGACGACGCGAUAACCAAAUCUAUUCCAAUUAAGCUUUCCAUAUUUAUAGUAAAUACACAAUAAACUGUGCAGUGAAAACAAUUAUUUAAAGUUGCUGCAUUAUAGCAACCUUUUGAGAAUAUCAUUCAUGCUGAAGAAGUAUGUUUAAAGUAUUCUGCAUACUCUUAUCUCUGCUGGUUCUAUCAAGAGGGCAAAAACAAAGAUGCGACCAGACGCCACCACAAGCGACUGUAAUGACUCCAUCAGACAACAUGGGCAUCUAUCGUAUGAGUAUCAGUACCAAAGGGAAUGACACCAACAUCUAUCGACCGGAUCAAACAUACGUUUUAAAAUUAACAACAAACAACGCGACGCGUCCUUUUCGAUGGUUCAUGAUAACGGUGGAGGAUCCAGAGAUGGAUACUAAUCCGGAGUAUGAUCCGAAAUUUGUGGACGUCGGCAGCCUUAAAACGAUUGAUACGAACAAGCAGUCCCGAUAUAGUGAGAGAUGUUAUAACUCUGUUGAAAAUACUGAUAACUCUGAUAAAUACAAAGUUGAGAUUCAUUGGGUAUCACCGAAGCAAAAUGCUCGUAGACAGAAGGUUAGACUUCGCGCUAUGGUGGCGGAGAAUAAGGAAGUAUGGCACGUUGGAGAAAACCUUACCAUCACCUUGGAGAAGGAUGAUCGCCGACCCCUGGAUAGCCCUCCCUAUCCUCCUGAACCAAAUUGUAAUUUGUGCAGUGAGGCACAAUAUGAGGUUAUUUUCAAUGGACGCUGGUCGAGAAUGACUCAUCCACGCUACUACCCAAGCAAGCCAGAUGACAAUGGUUACAGUCAUUUAGUGGGAGCCUCCCAUUCUUUUUCUCACACAAUUUGGCAACCUGGAGAUCAAGCGUCACCGGGGCUCCAAAAAUUGGCAGAGGAAGCGGAUAUAAGUUUAAUUGAAAGGGAAAUUAUCGAUUCCAUGUCGCCUCUGAACGGUACAAGGACCCUGAUAAUAGGGAAACGUCGUUUUCACCCAACCAUGGGUGAACCAUCCCAUUCCUUAUUUCGUGUUGAUAAUGUUCACCACUUAUUCUCAUUGGUAGUAGCAAUAAAGCCGUCUCCAGAUUGGUUCCUGGGAGCAUACAAAUUUGAACUCUGCACUAACGUUGGAUGGUUGAAAGAAUCUGAGAUUCCACUCUUUCCAUGGGAUGCGGGAACUAUGGAUGGAGUCUCUUACGAGUCUGCCUCAUCGAUAACUCAGCCGCGUGAUGUUGUAAGUCGCGUGGCUGUGGGGUCAUUCAACAAGGAGUCGCCCUUCUACCAAAUGAAUCUUAACGAGAUGAAACCUUUCGCCUUGUUACAAGUCAGACUCUUGAACGUCUUUCCUUUAGUUGGGGCUGAAUGUUCUCAAGAAGAUUCAGUUUUCACAUGCUCUGAAGCGCAAAAUGAUCAACAGGAGGAACAGAGAGAGAACCCAGAAGAAAAAGAAGAUGAAAUGGAGGAGCCGAUGAUAUCAGAAUUAAAAAUAGCAGAAGAAUGUACCGCGAGUGAGUCGGGGGAGUGUCUUCUUAAAUAUCGUUUAGAAGCUGGUGGUAAUUAAAAGAUAAAUUAAAAAAUAUAAGUUAAUAAUUAAAAUAAUAAAAUUUAAAAAUAUAAGGUAAUAAAUAUAUUAUAUUAUAUAUAGGUACUGCUUACUCUUUACCGAAACAGACGAAAUUCCGGUUCUAUUAUAGGUUCGAAGGUAGUUCUUAUAAUUUAUUUCCACUAUUCUAUGGAUACAGGUAGCAGUAAAUAAAAAAGACGAAACGAUGGAAAUUAUGACGAGUUUGGCAUGUGACCUUGAAUAAAUUCUAAAAUUAAUCUCUAGUUCAUCCCAGAUACGCGACACGAUCCGGUCGUAUUACCAAUCACAAUCAAAAAAUUUAUAUUAUGCUAUGCUCAUAGACUAGCAUAGACUUAUA